CCUCAUGAGGUUGAGACGGAAGAUUUUUUCGGAGUUCUAAAUGAGAACACGUUGCUCCUUGCAACGUUAUCCUGCCGCGAGGCCCAGCUUCGCGCACCAAGUCGAACGUCCGAUAUUCAUUCCCGGUCGUCUGGCUUACCGGUCUCGAAACGCUCGUCUCGUUUCGAAAGGCGCGGAAGCGCGCGACGAACGGCAUUUCAAGUGGUAAACAAACCAACGUUCACGGCACACAACGCGCGAAAAUGCAACGUUCCGCGGAGGCACGUCAUCGCUUCGUAUUUCCCGACGCGAAACUCGUCGUCGUGUUCUGCUCGCGACGCGACGUGCAUCACGCCGACGGGCGCCGGAUGAGGAUCGAACGAACAGCUGCCGGCGAUCUGGAAUGGAAGAUGAUAUACGUGGGCAGUGCGGAGUCGGAGGAGUUCGAUCAGGUUUUAGACACCAUUUACGUUGGACCGAUUCCAGAAGGAAGACAUAUGUUUGUAUUCCAGGCCGACCCACCAGAUGUGAGUAGAAUUCCAGUAAACGAUGCUCUGGGUGUGACUGUUGUAUUGCUGACCUGCUCCUAUAGAGGUCACGAAUUCGUUCGUGUCGGUUACUUCAUAAAUAACGAGUACACGGAUGCGGAACUUAGAGAAAAUCCACCUCCGCAGCCACAAUUCGACAAGGUGCAGAGGAAUAUAUUAGGCGAUAAGCCGCGUGUCACUAGAUUUAAGAUCAAUUGGGACGAUUGUGCCACUACGACGGCGAGCGCCGUUCCCGAAGGCAUGGACGCGCAAGCUCUGGAAGAAACCUCGCAAGAUGCGCCCACAUCCACGUUAGGCUUUACGGAGAACACACAGAAUGGUAUGGAAGUGAUGUGAAAGACGAUUUGUUGCCAGUAAGAGUAAGUCCGAUGGAACUGCAUAUACUGUAAAUUUAAGGCUCUUAGCUCCUUGCUAUAACCAUAUUGGAUUAUGAUGUCACAAGCGAGAUGUCAUACCAACUUCUCUCUCUUGCGCCCUCCACAGGUUGAAAUAAAUUCGUCGUUUUACCAUGUCACAACAUUCAAUAGCUUGGAUCAGUACAACACUCAGUAAGUGCAUGUUUUGUUUGUUUAUUAAUAAGAGAACAAUAAGUGUGUACAUACUUUAUUUACAUAUAUCAUAGGACGUACAUUUGAAAAAUACGUAAAACACAACUUUUGCAUAUCAACUAGGAAUGUUCCUUAUAAAUAGGUAUACUGAUUCGAUCAUGCAUCUUUACAUGCAUGUAAAUGUUGUACUUUGUGGUCUUAAAUUAGUCGGGAGUAUCAAUUGACGUUCUUUUGCUUCAUAUGCGAAUGGAAAUGCAUUCUUACUGCUCUCGUUAUUCAAAAUCUUAUCGUACCAGCUCAUUGUGGCUGCAGUCCAUUAUUUACUAUAAUUUUGAGGGCAUACCGAGCAAUAAAUAAAUAUUCUUUUGUUUCUAUUUUCCGCGUUAUAUUUUUCGAGCGAUCGUGUAACGAUUAAUUAAGAUUUACGGCAAUUUAUUAAUACUCGAACUAAGAAUAGUCGUUACAACACGUUACAGAAAUUUAUUCUAUCUAGGUAUAAGUUGUGAUACGCGAAAAUAACUAAUUUAUUUCAACACACUGCAAAGCAUAUAUCAGAAAAAUAAAAUCGUGUCAAUCAAAUUGACAUUUCGUUGCGACUUUAUAGUGCGGUACGGCUGCAGUGAUGGAAAAGAAUCCUUAAACGAUGAAGUAGUACCUGGAUAAGAAUAUGACAGAGUAUACACACUCCGUAUAUAUUUAGAUAAUUCGAAAGAUCGCGCAAAGAAAAAAAAACAACCUUCCACAUACUUAUUGAUGUACAUCCCUUCGACAUGAAAUUUGUACAUUUUCAGAAAACAUCGUGUGUGAAUGGUAAUGUGAUAACCCUAUACUUGAGCAAAAAAAAGUGAGUUAAUAGUUUUCGGCAUUGUCAUGUUUCUCCCAAUCAAAUAGCACCGGAUUUACAAACUUAUUGUCUCUGAAAGAAUGUAAUUUCUGUGAAAAUGGAAAACUUGUACGUAAUAACGAACAGUAAUUAUAGCACGAACCACGAACGAUUAAGCUGAAUAUAAAUACGGAUAACCGAUCGUAAAUAAAAUAUGUAAAGCCACAGCGAAUUCUCGACAAUGUCCCGUAUAAUAUAAUUGUUUGAAAAUUAUUAUGUUUUGGUAGCUUAUCAUUUAAGGUGCUUUAAACUUAAAAAUACGUUUGAAUAUAUUAAGUAUUAUAUUACUACAGCUUAUUAUAACGUCACAUUGCAUUAGAUCAUAAGACAGUUUCCAUUUUUUAUUAGUGUAUAUAAUACAUACUAAGGUAAAAAAUAUAUAUUAUGUUUUUUACUUGAGAAAGAUGUAUUGAUAUGUCCUUUUGCGAUUCUGUUUCUAUUAAUAAUUGCAAUUUACCAUUAAAAUACCAGUUCACACGGCUCAGGUAAUAUAUUUUAUUCAGACACACGUGUAUAGGUGAUAUAAUAUUAUUCUUUCGGAUAUUGCCUGUAUUAUUAUAUAUUAUUUUACACAUAUUACAUUUUUAGAAUCGUCAGGUACAUUUUAUAGUAUACUUCUUCCAUGUUGAAUUUAAAUCUUUCAAAUACAGUUUACUCUUAUAAUUUAAAAUUAAAGAAAUAUUUUUUGAUAUUAAUAAAGGUAAAUACACAUAAAAUUAAAGGAUCACAUGUCUUGAUGACGUAAAAUAAGCAAAAUUCAAUAGGUUUGUAAUUAAAAUAAAAAUAGCAAUAAUGAAAUGAUUUAAGAAGCAAUAUACAAUUUCCAAUCUUUGACUUCCAGAAAGAGAUAUAUUGUGAAAUAUGAAAUUUAUUAUUUAUUUUUCUUACAGUACUACAAAAAUGUAAAAUAUAAAAAUAUAAACCAAGUUCCAUGAAGUGUUACAAUUUUUUAUAACAUUUGUCGAAUUGUAUCGUAUGGAUGAAAAGUUGUAGACGAGUGACGUUUAUACAUUUUGAAAGUUUGUACUUUUUCUUUUAAUUUACAUAUCUGGAAAUAUUACGAUUUUUUCUCAUUAUGUUAUUCCUCGUUAAACCUCGUAAUGUAACCGCUGCGGCUGUUUUAUUUAAUAACGUUUAAGAAGCGAGAAAAUGCACGCUAAUUUUUGCGUUAUACGUCCAGAUAAAAUA